AUAUUAAUACAUUUUAUAACAAAAAUUAAAAUGGAGGACGUCGUGUAUUUCGCGCCAUCGUUGUUUUUGAAUCAUGGCGGCGGUCCGUAUCCCGUUUUGGGUGAAAAAUACAAUUUGGAAAUAGCUGAAGCGUUGAAGAAUGUAUCGAGUUACGUGGAUUUGAGUCGUUUGAGGGCUAUUGUGAUAGUAACAGCGCACAGAGAGGAGGAUGUGGUGACAAUUUCAUCGGCAGAACGACAUUCCUUGCUUUAUGAUUAUAACAAUUUCCCGCCGGAAUGUUAUAAGUACCAGUACAAUUCCCCAGGAGAUCCAGUUUUGGCGGCAAGAAUUCACGAAGCGUUCAAAAACGCGGGAAUCGAGUCGCGCUUAGACGACCAAAGAGGUUGGGACCACGGAGUCUUUAUACCAAUGAUGUUGAUAAACCCAAAAGCGGAUAUACCUUUAAUACAAAUAUCUAUCUUGAAAAACCAAAAUGCAUCACAAUAUUACGAAAUAGGAAGAGUUUUGUACCAAUUUAGGAAAGAAGGCGUCGCCAUAUUUGGUUCAGGUUUUUCUUACCAUAACGAAGAGGGAUUCCAAAGGGCCAAACGGGAAAACGAUAAAAUUAUUGAAAAUACAGAUUUUGAUAACUUCUUGAAUGAAGUUUGCACUGGUGAUGAAGAAAGUAGAAAGAAGAUUGUGUUUUGGGAGCAGGAGAAGGGGGCGUACGAGAGUCAUCCUUUGGGAGAAGCUGAUCAUCUCAUGCCGCUGAUCGUGAACGCGGGGGCCGGUGGAACGGGACGCGGAAGAAAGAUUUUUGAUUCUGUGUACGCCCAAAAAUUCAAAAUAAGUGGGUUUAUUUGGGAUUAGUUUUUGAAUUUAAGUAUUAUGAAUAAUUUUAUAACGAUUUACUAAUGCCUAUUGUUUACAUUUUUGUAUUAUGUUGAAAUACUCUUAUACCUACCUACCUAUGAAAUAAAGAACUUAUAAAUAACAAG